AUGGAAAAAAAUCGAUUGAAAUUAAAUUUAACUCGAACAAGUUAUCGUCCUUAUGUAACUUCAUUCGAAAAAAUUCAAUUUCAUCAGUAUCGAGGAAAAGGAACGAUUGAAGAACCCUAUAUGAUUGAUUGGCUAUUGGAAGAUGCUGAAAAUUGUCAAACAUGGAAUCCAAUUUAUAAAUGGGCGUUGACUAUUUUCGUCUCUGUUGCUGCUACAGCUGUCCUUUUCUGUUCAUCCGUAUAUGUUGGCGAAUUUGAUGGUCUUACUCAAGAUUUUCAACCUUCUCGUGAAAUAAUUACGCUUGGUAUUUCAGUUAAUGUACUUGGGUUUGCAUUGGGUCCUCUUAUUUGGGCACCAUUUUCUGAAGUAUUCGGAAGACGUAUUAUUUUUAUUAUUACUUUUGUGUCAAUGACUGCUUUCAAUGCUGGAUCAGCAGCAUCACAAAAUAUCUGGACUCACAUUAUUCUUCGAUUCUUUGCCGGUGCUUUCGGUUCAUCUGCUUUUGCCAAUAGUAGCGGUACGAUAGCUGAUCUUUAUCCAGCUAAUCAACGAGGUCUUCCUUUAACCAUUUUUGCUGCUGCUCCUUUCUUAGGACCUGUUUUUGGAUCUAUUAUCGGUGGUUUCACUGGUGCAGCAAUUGGAUGGAGAUGGAUUCAAGGAAUUAUGGCUAUCUUUACAGGUAUAUUAGCUGUUAUUGGAAUAGUUGGUUUGCCAGAAACCUAUGCUCCCGUUCUUCUUUAUCGGCGAGCUGAAAAAUUGCGCAAGAUCACAGAUCUUUUUUAUCGCUCGAAAUUUGAAGCAAAAUCUCAAGUCACACUUUCUCAUCUACUAAAAAUUUCUUUUUCUCGACCAUGGAUAUUCCUUUUUCGUGAACCAAUCGUUCUUUUUUUUGCAAUUUACAUGGCUGUCAUUUACGGUAUCAUGUAUAUGUUACUUGGUGCUUUUCCAAUAGUCUAUCAUGAACAGAAAGGAUGGGCACCUGGAAUUGAUGGUCUUCCAUUUCUUGGUAUGGCUUUAGGUAUUGUUAUUGGUACUUUGUAUUGUAUCUGGGAUAAACGACGAUAUACUAAAGUAACAGUAAUAUAUACUGGUAGUUUCGUACCUCCAGAAGCACGUCUUCCACCAGCAAUUGUUGGUGCUUUUGGUCUACCUAUAGGUUUAUUUUGGUUUGCUUGGACUAACUAUUCAUCAAUACAUUUUAUAGUUCCUAUUCUGGCAAUUGUACCAUUUGGAUUCGGAAUAGUACUUGUUUUUGUAGCUUUAAUAAAUUAUAUGAUCGAUACUUAUACUAUUUAUGCAGCAACUGUUAUGGCUGCUAAUUCUAUUCUUCGAUCAUUGUUUGGUGCUGCUUUUCCUCUCUUCACUGCCAGAAUGUUUCGAAAUCUUGGAAUCCAAUGGGCUGGCUCGAUCGCUGGCUUUUUAGCUCUUCUCUGUCUACCGUUACCAUACAUUUUCUGGAAAUAUGGUGAAGUUAUUCGAGCUUGGUCUAAAUAUUCAUCUGAAGCAACUGCUUCUAAACUACAACUGAAUGAAACAAAAACUAACGUUGAAUCAAAUGCUUCCAUGAUCUACGUCACAACAAUACUAUCUAAUUUAUCUGGUGUCAUUAUUUCCGAUGCUAUUUUAGAAAAAUUUCCAUUUAUUCGAACAAUUAUUACUUAUUAUAAGUUGGUUAUGAGCAACAAAACUGACUUUACAAUUUUUAAUAUUAUUCUUAAAACUAUAUUCAGUAAUUUAAACAAUGAUGAACGAGCUUAUCGUUAUGAUAAUAUAGUUCGACAGUUUGCAGCCAGCGUUUACGUUCUUGGAGGUCGUACAGCAUAUGAAUUUUUACGUUUAAAUAUACUUGUACUUCUUCCAAGUGUACGAAUUAUCCAGUCGUAUAUUGCUUCUUCUGAAAAUCACUUAACUCAAGGAUCAUUUUUAAUUUAA